AUGAGUAUGUUGAACAACACACAUGUGCCUGACUUCAUCCUGAUGGGGCUGACAGACUCAGAAGAGAUCCAACUGGUGCUCUCUGUGCUCUUUCUCCUGAUAUACCUGGUCACUGUGCUGGGGAACGUAGGGAUGAUAUUGAUCAUUCACCUGGAUGUACAGCUUCACACUCCUAUGUACUUUUUUCUCAGUCACCUGUCAUUUCUUGACAUCUGCUACUCAAAUGUCAUCACACCUAAAACCUUAGGGAACUUAGUGACUUCUAACAAGAAUAUUUCUUUUACAGCCUGCUUCACACAGAUGUACUUUUUUGUUUGGUUUUGUGCUACUGAAUGUGUUCUUCUCUCCUCAAUGGCUUAUGAUAGAUACAUAGCCAUCUGCAAUCCUCUACACUAUCCAGUAAUUAUGUCCACAAAGCUGUGCUGUGCCCUCCUCACUGGGUCUUAUAUGAUUGGCUUUAUGGAUUCUUCUAUCAAUGUGUUUUGCAUGAGUACAUUGCAUUUCUGCAACUCCAAUGUAAUCCAUCACUUUUUCUGUGAGUCAUCCCCAAUUUUAUCCUUAUCUUGUGAUGACACAUUUGUCAUAGAAAUUGUAAUAUCUAUUUUUGCUGGUUCUACCCUACUGUUGUCCUUAAUCACAAUAUCUGUGUCCUAUAUGUUUGUUCUCUAUACCAUUCUGAAAAUCAGUUCCACCUCAGGAAAGCAGAAAACCUUCUCUACUUGUGCUUCUCAUCUCCUAGGAGUCACUAUUUUUUACGGCACUACAAUCUUUACUUAUUUAAAACCAAGUAAGUCUUACACUUUGGGAAAGGAUCGAGUGGCUUCUGUUUUUUACACCAUUGUGAUCCCUGUGCUGAAUCCUCUCAUUUAUAGUCUUAGAAACAAAGAAGUAAAGAAUGCUUUCACUAGAGUCAUGCAGAAGAGUGGGGGUUCCAGGUAA